AUGCUGAGCUCAGUCUGCGUCUCGUCGUUCCGCGGGCGCCAGGGGGCCGGCAAGCAGCAGCCGGCGCCGCCGCCGCAGCCGCCCGAGUCCCCGCCGCCGCCGUCCCCGCCGCCGCCGCAGCCGCAGCCGCCGCCUGCGCAGCUCGGCCCCGCCGCGUCCCCGGCGGGCCCCCCGGCACCCCGCGGGCCCGGGGGCCGGCGCGCCGAGCCAUGCCCCGGGCUGCCGGCGGCGGCCAUGGGGCGGCACGGCGGCGGCGGUGGCGACAGCGGGAAGAUCGUGAUCAACGUGGGCGGCGUGCGCCAUGAGACGUACCGCUCCACGCUGCGCACCCUCCCGGGGACGCGGCUGGCCGGCCUGACGGAGCCCGAGGCCGCGGCGCGCUUCGACUACGACCCGGGCGCCGACGAGUUCUUCUUCGACCGGCACCCGGGCGUCUUCGCCUACGUGCUCAACUACUACCGCACCGGCAAGCUGCACUGCCCGGCCGACGUGUGCGGGCCGCUCUUCGAGGAGGAGCUCGGCUUCUGGGGCAUCGACGAGACGGACGUGGAGGCCUGCUGCUGGAUGACCUACCGGCAGCACCGCGACGCCGAGGAGGCGCUCGACUCCUUCGAGGCGCCCGACCCCUCGGGCGCGGCCGGCGCCGCCACGGCCGGGGGCGCCCACGACGGCGGCCUGGACGACGAGGCGGGCGCGGGCGGCGGCGGCCUGGACGGCGCGGGCGGCGAGCUCAAGCGCCUGUGCUUCCAGGAUGCGGGCGGCGGCGCCGGGGGGCCGCCGGGGGGCGCGGGCGGCGCAGGCGGCACGUGGUGGCGCCGCUGGCAGCCCCGCGUGUGGGCGCUCUUCGAGGACCCCUACUCGUCGCGGGCCGCCAGGUACGUGGCCUUCGCCUCACUCUUCUUCAUCCUCAUCUCCAUCACCACCUUCUGCCUGGAGACCCACGAGGGCUUCAUCCACAUCAGCAACAAGACGGUGACGCAGGCCUCGCCGAUCCCCGGGGCCCCGCCGGAGAACAUCACCAACGUGGAGGUGGAGACGGAGCCCUUCCUGACCUACGUGGAGGGCGUGUGCGUGGUCUGGUUCACCUUCGAGUUCCUCAUGCGCAUCACCUUCUGCCCGGACAAGGUGGAGUUUCUCAAGAGCAGCCUGAACAUCAUCGACUGCGUGGCCAUCCUGCCCUUCUACCUGGAGGUGGGGCUCUCGGGCCUGAGCUCCAAGGCCGCCAAGGACGUGCUGGGCUUCCUGCGGGUCGUGCGCUUCGUGCGCAUCCUGCGCAUCUUCAAGCUGACCCGCCACUUCGUGGGGCUGCGCGUGCUCGGCCACACGCUCCGCGCCAGCACCAACGAGUUCCUGCUGCUCAUCAUCUUCCUGGCCCUGGGCGUGCUCAUCUUCGCCACCAUGAUCUACUACGCCGAGCGCAUCGGCGCCGAUCCCGACGACAUCCUGGGCUCCAACCACACCUACUUCAAAAACAUCCCCAUCGGCUUCUGGUGGGCCGUGGUCACCAUGACCACGCUGGGCUACGGAGACAUGUACCCCAAGACCUGGUCGGGGAUGCUGGUCGGGGCGCUGUGUGCCCUGGCCGGGGUGCUCACCAUCGCCAUGCCUGUGCCCGUGAUCGUCAACAACUUUGGCAUGUACUACUCGCUGGCCAUGGCCAAGCAGAAGCUGCCCAAGAAGAAGAACAAACACAUCCCCCGGCCCCCGCAGCCCGGCUCGCCCAACUACUGCAAGCCGGACCCGCCCCCGCCGCCCCCGCCCCACCCGCACCACGGCAGCGGCGGCAUCAGCCCCCCCCCACCCAUCACCCCGCCCUCCAUGGGGGUGACUGUGGCCGGGGCCUACCCGCCGGGGCCCCACACGCACCCUGGGCUGCUCAGGGGGGGAGCGGGUGGGCUGGGGAUCAUGGGGCUGCCUCCUCUGCCGGCCCCCGGGGAGCCCUGCCCGCUGGCUCAGGAGGAGGUGAUUGAGAUCAACCGGGCAGAUCCCCGCCCCAACGGGGACCCGGCAGCAGCUGCGCUGGCCCACGAGGACUGCCCGGCCAUAGACCAGCCCGCCAUGUCCCCGGAGGACAAGAGCCCCAUCACGCCUGGAAGCCGAGGCCGCUACAGCCGGGACCGAGCCUGCUUCCUCCUCACCGACUAUGCCCCCUCUCCCGACGGCUCCAUCCGAAAAGUGGACGAACCCCCUCCCCCUAGGCUGCACCCGUUAACCCCUAGCUCCUCACACGGACCCCCACGUGCCCCAGGACUCGCCCGCCGCUCCCUCCCACACUUGGCACCUGACCCCCACACCACCCUCGCGACCGACUCCAUCUUCAUCCCCACCAGCAUCUCUGCAGUAGUCAGGAAGACUGGGCGCGCGCCCACUGCACCGCUGAGCGCAGGGCUCUUGUCACCGCCUGAGAUCUCGCGAGACCCUCGGUCCCCCCCUGCCCCUUCCCCCCAGGUUACGAGAAGUCCCGCAGCCUGAGCAGCAUCGCGGGCCUCAGCGGGGUGUCCCUGCGCCUCGCGCCCCUUGCCACGCCCCCUGGCUCUCCCCGGGCUGCCCGCCGCGCCCCCCCAACCCUGCCCUCCAUCCUUUAGCGCUCCCCUCCCCCCUGUGGGGGGACUGGGGGUGACUGGGAAGAAGGUGAAGGCGCUGGGGGAGGGGGGUGGGGGAAAGGGUUUUUAAAAAAAAUCAAAAAAGUCAUUAAUAAUAUGCAAUGAGAUGAAGACGCCAGCAGACACCCCCGGGCCCCUCACCCCCCCACCUGGGCCCCCAGGCUGGAGGGGAGGGACCAAAGCCCAUCCCCCAACUCUUCCCCAUUCCCUACUCCCCCCAAAAAGAAAAGCCUUCUCAGGUCUCCACGAGCCAUAGGACCCCUCCCAUCCACUCGUGUAAAUAAGGCCAAAUUAUGCCAAUUACAUCUUGGGGCGCCUCCCCCACUCUGCAUGCCCCCUCCCACCUGGACCCCCCACUCAGCUCCACCUAGCAAUAAGCCGCCAGGGGCUGCAUGCCUGAGGGAAGGGGGCUGGGACCUCGAGGGAGGGGGCUCCUGGCCUUCAGCCCCUCCCGCGGGGGGCACCCAAACCACGCGCAGGCGAGGGAAAAACUGCCGGGAGCCAGCCUUGCCCCAGCAGACCGCGGGCUCGGAGGGUGGGCGGCGCCGCGUGCCUGCACAGCUGCUCCCAGCCUCUCCCGGGAUCCCUCUGCUGGAUGGCGCCCCCACCCGGGAUCUGCCCGCCUCGGCUCCUGCUGCUCGGACCCAGUCCCGCGCCCCCAGGAUUCCUGGGUGGAUCUGGCCCCCAGCACACAUCUUCCCACCCUCUCUCCAGUUCCCAGACCCGGACCCAGAAUUCCUCACACUGACCCUGGCACCCCGCAGCCCUCAAGCCUGGGACUUAACCUCCGCACACAGAUGCUUCCCGCCCCCAAAGGCCCCCACCCGGUUCCCUGACUGCACCCCAGCACUUCUCAAACCUCGAAGCCUUGACCCGGCUCUGAGCUCAAUUUCAGCCUUUGGGAUGCUCCGGAUCCUUCCCUGCCCCUGACCCUCAGGCCUGCCCCACCCCAGACGGCCCCUCCCGGGGUCCCCUGUCGCUCAACCUGUUUAAGCUCCAGGGGACCAGGCCUCCCCCGGUUCCCCUUUCUGCACCCAGCCCUGCUCCCCAAAAGCACUUUCCCCGAGAUGGUGCCGAAACGAACCGGUACCCUGGGCGCCACCGGCGCUGUUUUUCAGAGGGUGGGCUCCGCGCCCCCCGCGGUGCGCUGAUGGGGGGGGGCAGUACAAGGACACAGGCUUGUUUUAAAGGUGUGAUCUGUACCGUGUGCGUUGUGCGCACCACCCCGCAGGGCCGGGUCCAGACGCCCGGCGGGAUGAGGUUCAUUUAGGCUCGAAGCGCUUUCACGCACAGGAGCGCACCGAGGAUCUCAGAGGCUGCGGCCCGAGGGGAGGGGCCCGCAGGACCGAGCCUGGGACGCGCCGCCCCGCCGCGCGCUCGCGGGCGGACCCCCAUUUCUUACAUCCCAUCCUGGCUCAAGGAUGCGCUACCUCCCCCAGACCCAGAGACCGCACCGGUCCCGCGAUCCUUAGCGGACCCCCCUUUGAAAUGGGGGCCCUUGGAAUGAACACCCCUCUCCCCCGCUCCCACGGCCUCAGGAACUCCCCUCCCCUACCAGGGCGGGUGGGGGCGUCACUGAGCAGAUUCUUGAUGCACCGAUUCCUAUGCAAGGGGCAUUUUGAGUGCCCCGCAUCCCUCCCUCGGCCCCCAAACCCUGGAGAAUCAGGGGUGGGG